GAAGACCAGGCCCUUCCCCUUCCUCGUCCUCGUCCCCGUCCCUUUCCGCUUCCCCUGUCCUUUCAUCUAACCCUCAACCAGUACAUGGACACAUUGGCCCUUCCUCCGACCCUCAAAUGCGAACUGAAUUUACUUCAGUUCCAUCGCCUUCGGUUCCACCUUCUUCUUCAAUACAACAACACUCGAAUGAUGAAGAAGAUAACCGAUUCAUGAUAGCCCCAUUUGGAGACUCAUUCACGGAUGCUACGUAUGUUGUGAAGAGACUUAAUAAAAUAAUCAAUAACUGUUGGAUGGGGCAGUAUAGUAGUUGGACCAUCGCUCCAAAAGAAGUAAAGGAAUUGUGGUGGAAUGAGUUCAAGCGGAAGUUCAGGUGGGAUGAAGCGGAAGAGAAAGAAGUUAGAAGAAUUUUUAAGAAGAAAACCGGUGAUCACAUGCGAAAUGUGAUGAAUAGAGCAAAGAGAAGUCAAGAAAAGCCGGAUUUUAUUACAGCUGACAAUUGGGCGGAAAUUAAGAGAACUUGGGACACCGAAAAGCAUAAGCAAAUCAGUGAAAUAAAUAAGAAGAAUCGAGCUUCUAGUUCUAGUGAAGGGUCUGCCACAUAUGCUGGGGGCUCUAUCAACAUCGGGGAGCAUAGAAAAAGAAUGGCAAAUGAAUUGGGGACGGAACCGACAUUUAUAGCUACAUUUGAACGCACAUUUCAGAAAAAAGAUAAGACAUGGACUGGCAAUCGAGCAAAAGCUAUUAAGGUAUGUAAGGUUAUAUUUUGUAUUUAUAUAUAUGAAGUUUUUUUAUUUUCAUCUAUAUUGUUAAUGUAUGACAAAUAUGAUGAACUUGUAAUGAGCACUGCUGCUAGUGGUGAUGGUGAUGGUGAUGGUGAUGGUGUUGCUGCGUUCAAGCCAUCGGUUGACAGUAUGGCAUUAUGGGUGGAGGCAUCGAGUGGAAUGCGAAGAGGUCAAAUAUUUGGGAUGGGAUCCUUGUCAAGGAUAUAGAGAACGCCGGCUGCU